GAUAAUCGGGCAUGGAAUUUCCAAAAAGAAUCUCACCCAAACACAUCAGCGAAGGCUCGAACCCCAAUACAGCUUUAAUCAUCAUUAUCUAUUAAGAUUCACUUAACAAUAUCAUCUUCAAUGUCAAAUAACUAAAAAUCGGAAAGCAGUUAAAACAGCAAUAAAGGCGGCUCAAUCCAUUCUAAAAAAGUAUAAAAAUAAUAAAUAAAGAAGCUGGCAAUCAAGCCUUUCUUUUCUCGUCUCCAUCGAUUCCAAACCAAAAAAUCCCAUAUCAUAAAACUCACUCACAUAGUUACAAUACUUAAAUUCAGUUAAGUGGGGUUGAUCAGUUGGCUUAGUAUCUGAUGGCGAAUUAUCACGGAGAUUUUAACCAGAAGAUUGAUUACGUUUUCAAGAUUGUUUUGAUCGGUGAUUCUGCUGUUGGAAAAUCACAGUUGCUGGCCCGGUUUUCGCGUAACGAAUUCAGUUUGGAUUCCAAAGCAACAAUCGGUGUUGAGUUUCAAACUAAAACUAUGGUUAUUGAUCAUAAGAAUAUUAAGGCCCAGAUUUGGGAUACUGCUGGUCAAGAAAGAUACCGAGCUGUGACUAGUGCCUACUACAGAGGAGCUGUGGGAGCAAUGCUGGUUUAUGACAUAACCAAGCGUCAAUCGUUUGAUCACAUAGCCAGGUGGUUAGAAGAAUUACGUGGCCAUGCUGAUAAUAACAUUGUCAUCAUGCUCAUAGGAAACAAAUCUGAUUUGGAUUCCCAACGGGAUGUAUCUAUGGAGGAUGCAAAAGAGUUUGCUGAAAGAGAAGGCUUGUUUUUCAUGGAAACAUCUGCCCUUGAGGCCACAAAUGUAGAACCUGCUUUUCUAACUAUCCUUACCGAGAUUUAUCGAAUAGUCAGUAAGAAAUCUCUUGUUGCAAAUGAGGAAGCCGAAGGGAGCUCAGCCCUUCUCAAGGGGACUAAUAUUGCUGUUAGUCAGGAGCCAGUAUCUGCAGGAAACAAGUUCAGCUGUUGCACAUCUUCAUAGGACACCUUUGUCCCACGGACAUGCUUCUUAGCCUCAGGAAAUAAUCGUUUGCACACGUAUUCCACAGAUGAACUACAUCUUUCUCCGGUUGCUGGAAUUGUAACUUUUUAUCAGCCGCGGCAAAAAUUGUGGUGUUGAUCAUAACUACUUCCAUGGCACUCGGACUCUACUUCUCUGGGAUUCAGUCUCAGUAGGUACAUUGUUUUGUAUGUUGAUAUCAGCUUGUGUACAAAUAUUUCUACAUUGGAAAUUUUGUGAACAUUUCGAAAUUUGGCAUAAAAGACAUACUCUAGAACUAAAUCUCACUUGUUUAACAGGCCAUUAUGCAUGCUAAUUUCUUUUGGGUAAAUCAUAUAUUCUUCUGA